AUGGCGGACAGAAGACGACGAAGGCCAUCUGAAGGCGAGAGUGAAGACGAAACCGAAGAAACAAGCGGGACUAAGAAAGCUGAAACGCGUCGAUCUGAAUGUGAGAGUGAAGGAGAGGGGCCAGUUGAUGGAGGAGAUAAUUCUGAAUAUGAAAGUGCGAAUGAGGAUAAUGAUGAAGAAUAUGAUGAUGAUGAUGAUGAAUAUACUGAUGAUGAUGAUGACGAUGAUGACGAUGAAGAUGAUGAAACAGCAACCUAUGAUGGUAGUGUGAUUGUGGAAAGUUUAGGAGAGGGAGAGGAAAGGCAGAGUGGAGAUGGAGAGGAACAGCCAAAGGAGGAAGUGGAUGAUGACGAGGAUCGGAAAAAUCCCGCCUUUGUACCCAGAAGGGGAGCUUUCUACGAGCACGACAUGAGAAUUUCCAUGGAGGAUUCGGUCACAGAGGAAGAUCAGCAAAGGCCAAAGAAGAAGCUAUGGAAAGAUGAUGGGAAGUGGUACCAUGACCGAUUCCGUGAGGAUCAACAAGCUCCCAAGUCCCAGGAAGAGCUUAUCACAAUGUACGGCUAUGAUAUCAGGCAGUAUGACAAACCCCCGGAUGCACCAAAGAUGAACAAUAGGCCAAGGGGUCGAAGAUCUGAUCAGAAAGCUAGGCUACAAGAUUUUGUUUCUGAUCGCCCGCCAUCUCGACGUUCUCCACAAAACGAUUUUAUACAGAGUAAAAACAACUACAACAACCAGGAAAGAGAUUUAAGAAACAACAGAUAUAACAACAACAGGGGGCGCGGUGGUAACAGCGACAACACUUACCGCGAAAAUAACAACAACAGGGGCCGCGGUGGUAACGGUGACAACACUUACCGCGAAAAUACCAGCCGCUCGUUUAAUCGCUCGUCAUCGACUGAAAUAGAUGAGGAACGCUUCACAGCUGGUAAAGAAAGAGUAUAUUCCCGCGGUCAGGACAGAGGACCUGAGAGGAAUGCCUCCAAUCAAGGUAGGGGCACAGACAGGAAUUAUUCCAAUCAGGAUAGGGGCCCUGACAGAGGUUACUCGAAUCAGGAUAGAGGCCCUGACAGGAGUUACUCAAAUCAGGAUAGGGGGCCUGAGAGGAAUUACUCGAAUCAGGAUAGGGGCCCUGACAGGAAUUAUUCAAACCAGGAUAGGGGACCUGACAGGAAUUAUUCAAACCAGGAUAGGGGACCUGACAGGAAUUAUUCAAACCAGGAAAGGGGCCAAGACAGAGAUCAUGACUAUCCUGGAGGUAAUGACCGUAGCUAUUCUAAAGGCCAAGAUCGUGGAUAUUCCGGACAGGAGAGGGGAAAUCGAUACAGAAAUAGUCCUAGUGAUAGAGUGGAGGCCAGGAAUGAUCAGAACCAGUCACGAUCAAGGGAUCCAGAGUACAAUCAGGGUAGACAGAGAGAACCUCAUAGGUACGAAAGGCGUGAACGUGGAGGGGUUUCAUCAAGGGCAGGACUCCGAGGUCGGAGCAGACGUGGACGUGGUGGAGACUUCGAUCAAGAUGAACGUGGAUCUCGUUCAUACUCUGACAUGAGAGACAAUGUGACUUCUAAUCGCGGUAAUAAAUUUCCUCCACGGUUCCAGAAACAUGCAUCAAGAGAUUACAGUGAUCUGUUGGACGAAUAUGGCUACCACGAAGGUGAACUUUUCCGAACAACUAUCACAACCGAACCUGCAACGAAAGUGGUUGACACAACAGUCAAAGAUCCCAAUCCUUUAGAUCAGGUAUCCACACGUACACAUCAUGAUUUAACUGACAAAGACACAGUUCAAAAUGUUAACAUAGUUAUAUCAAACACUGGAGAGCGUAAAUCUUACUCCAAAGAUAGGAGAGCUCGGGAUCGAGCUGUAGGGAAGACGAGAGUUCAGGACGAUGCUAUCAAUGCUGUUGUUCAGGGAACAAUGAAUGUGAAUCUACAAGGCUCGGAACAAGGUGUAGAUACCACUGAGAUACCGUCUAAGACAGUUUCUACAGGUGAAAGCACAUCUCCAAAGUCCUUUGAGCAGAAACAAAACUACAACAAGGUGCCGAAGUCAGCUGUCGGCAAACAGACUGACGCAGGAGGUCAACAAGGGCGAUCUAAACGAUACUCUUCACAGAGACAGCGGGCAGGACAGGAGGCGGGGUUUACUGAGCAGGCCCCACCCCAAACAACUUUUGCUGAUAGUAAGACUACUGUUAGCAAGACUCCUGCCUCAGUUUCAAGCCAGAAUGCCAAGUUUUACAAACCUCCCUCACCAGGCUUUGUGAAGCAGGAGGGUCCAGGAGCACCUACCUUUCAACCAACAAUGUUACGCACCCCAAUGACUUUCCCCAUACCAGCAUCAACAGGAGGUAUUACUGCUCAGCCACCUCAAGUGUUUGUACCACCCAGGACUUCAGGGCCCCCAGUCACCAUGACAACAGGCAUGCAGAUGCAGCCCCAACAGUUUAUCAACACGGGAAUGAUGUAUGGUGCACCUCCGGCUCCGUUUCCUGUAGCCCCUGGUCUUGUUCCAAUGCAAGGAAACGUUCCCAUACAGGGAAAUGUUCCCAUUCGAGGAAAUGUACCCAUUCAAGGAAAUGUCCCUAUACAGGGCUUCCCUUCUCCUCCUGCAGUUUCCACAACUCAACCUCCCCCUCCACCACAGACACAGCAAGUACAGUCACAACAAGGAGAGGUGUACCGGGGAGGGACAACAUACUACCCCCCAGAACUACAGCAGUUCAAGAGUCCCCCACCUGGGACCACCUACUAUCCUCCUGAACUUCAAUUUAAGAGUCCUCACCGCUCUCCUGUUCGUCGAGCCAAGGCUGCCAUUCCUAUCGUCGACCCACAGGCUGUGAAGAAAUCAGGUUCACAGGGCGAAUUUGAGAGUUCACACGAUUUAGAGAAAUCUCCUGGAAGUCCCAGUACUCCAGAAUUCUCUGAUGCGAGGUCAGAGGAGUAUGUAGAAGAUGAUGAAGAGGAUUAUAUGGAUGAAGAUCCAUUAGAAGGGGUUGAUGCAACAAAAUAUCAGAUUCCAGAUACCUCUAUAGAAAGUGUUGAUUCAAAAUAUUCUAUUAAUGAACAAAUAGAGAAAGAAAUGCAAAACCAACAAGUGGAAACUGUUAAUAAACUAGCUAGUGAUUGUAUAGAAAAUCCUCACACUGCACUUCAAAUCAAUGAAAAUCAUCCUACAGAAAGUUCUGAUACACAAAAUGUUGAAAAUGAAAGUAAAGAGACACAAAAUGUUGUCAGUGAAAGUCCUGAAGAUUCAUCGUUAAAAUAUGUGAAAUUUGAAACAGACGUGAGUAAUUUAGAAUCUAGUGUGGUUGAGGUUGUACCAUCAGAAUUAUCAAGUGAGAAAUUACACGUAAAACAAGAGACAGAAUCAAAAGGAGAUGCUUCAUCGGAGGGAAAGACAUCAGGGGAGGCAGGAGUUACCUCCCCUGAUGUUAAGGAACAGGAAGAAUCUUCCAACAAACAAGACGCCAACUAGAAUGUAAACUGUGUACUUUGUAGUGUAUAAUGUAUUAUUUCCAGCCUAUGGGUAUGUGCAUUUCUGCGUAUAUUGUGUAGUGAACCAUUGUGGCAGUAUAUUUCAGUUUUAGAAUGGAACAAAUUCUAAAUGGUACAAAACAGGAGUAAAAAUGUCUGUUUAUUUGGGAUUUACCACUAUUUGUUUUCCUGGUUUUCAAAACCUAUUUUAUACCAAUAUUGACAGAAAAUGGCAACAACACUUCAGUAAAAUGAAAAGUUGUUUUGGUAAAAUGAAAAAAAAAAUGGUUCCCUGAAAACCAUCUAUUGAGCAAAAUCCUUUUCCAUUGUGCAAAGAUUGCUUCUUGUUUCAGCAGAUAACAAUUAAAGAAAGUAGUUAAUAUUGAUUUUUGUUUGUUUCUUAGUUUUCUGAUCCAUUCAAUCAAAUUUUCCUUCACUAAUCAAAUUUUAUUCUCAAUCAAUCGAUGACUUUGUAACUUUGACUCUUUAUGGUUUUCUGAUCUUUAUUACUCGUGGAUGUCAGAAAAAUAAAAUUACAACUGAUGUUGGUGAUAAAUUGAGAGGCAAUUCCUGUAAAUUGUUAUAUGGUAGUGAGUGUAACAUGAAAUAUAAUUAUUCUUGUAACAAUUUAGGAGAUAAUUUGAUUACUUCACUUUUGUUCUUAAUUUUUUCAUACAUAGCCAAUUAAUUGAUUAAUCAAUUAAUUAAAAAAAUCAGUUGAUUAUAUUGACUGUAGAAUAUUAAAAAUUGUAAUAUCUUGAAACUGUCUUGUUAUUUCAUAUUGUCAUUUAAAUCUCCUUGCAAAUUAUUUGAGCUUCAUCUGUCAAUAUUUCUGUGUUUCUCGCUAACUGUGACAGUAUAGUGAAAAAAUAGGAUUUCUUUUAAAUCUUAAAUACCAACAGGAUAUAUAUUUUUUUAAAUCCUGUAUUUUUAGAGGAUAAAUUGUACACUUAAUUGGUUUUUAUUACUCAAUGGGACGAUAGAAAAUUGUUAUACACUAUCACAAUAACCAUGUAUUUGUGUUUGUAUAAAGUUGAAAAAUGAAAAAUCUGGAGUCAUAUUCUACAUUCUCUUUAAGUUGAAAUGGGAUUAUAUUUAUCAAAUUUGGAUAUUGCUUUAACUGGGUGUUUAAAUAUGAAAAGGUGGAAUUAAGUGGUUUUACAGAUGUACAUGUAUUCAAUAAAGUGAUUUAUAAAAAAAGAAAUUCUAUAUAUAAGGAUGAAGAGGAACAUCAUAACAUUAUCACUCUAUGCUUGAUAGUCUCUGAUUGACAAACCUAGAGUUCCCAAUUCAUGGGGUUGGUAUUUCUAUUGCCUUGCUAUAUUCUGGGGGUAAGAGGGAGAAGGGUGACAGGAUUUUACAUAUGUAGGUCCGUUCUAUCCUGUUAUGAAACUGUGUCAUCUGGAGGAGCCCUCAACAGAUUUUGUUCAUAGUGUCAUAACAUCAGUCAAGUACUACACAUGAUCAAAUUCUGGUUUCUGUAGGACGUGGGGCAUUCCUGUCUGAUAGACAUUAUAUAGUGCUAUGUAGCCCCAAGUAAAAUCUAUUUAAUGACCUUGUCACGACUGGUGUCAGUUUGAUUACUGUAGUUGAGAUUGUUUUAUUUAGAAUUUUCUGUUCCUUCCCAUUAAACCAUUAUUAUAUAGGCAGCUUUGAACUCUGUCCGAGUUUUAUUCAGAGCUGUCUGAAAGGUUCUGAAUAGCUCCCUGCCAUUUCUUUUUUGUCUGUCACUGUCAACAGUCAGAAUCCUUCAGACAAUGUACAUUAAUUAGGUUUAAAUUUGUUACUAUCACAGAACUUGUUCAUGUAUUUUGUUGGCAAUAAAGGUUUUUGAGUUAAAGAGUAACAACUUGUACAGUGUAAAGAAUAUUUUUGAUACAUGCAGACUUGUACUAUAAUACAAAAAUGUAUAUAAUCAUUCAUAUUUAGUUAUUCAUUUAAAAAAGAAUAGGAUUUCAAAAUGUUUUUAUCAGAGUAGAAUUAAAAUUUCAAAUGUUCUGCAGUUUGCUGGCUGUAAGUCAUCUGAAAUUGUGUGAAAAAUUACUUACACUUAUUGCUAAUAUUAAGCAGUUUCUAGGUUGUCUCCCCUUAAUACACGCAUAUUUACGAAUAACUGAAGUUUUAGAAAUAUUUUGUUACAGUUAAUUAACAAUACUACACAAAGUUUCAUGCAUUUUAUUUAAGAUGGGAAAAGAAGCUUAGAGCAUAAAUAAUUGAUAGUCUUCUUUUCCAAUAACUUCAUGAUUUUCAUAAAUAAAAAUAAGAAAGAAAUAGUGUUAAUAUAACUAUAUUUAAUUGCGAUGGAAAUCUAAUUCAUGUAUUUGGGAAACUUUCACCACAGUAUUACUUGCCCUUUUGUCAGUAUGGUGAAUAUAUUAAAUGUAAGAGUAAUGUGUGAGGAGUGAUAUUGUGUCUACCAGAGCUGUUUGAUGGUAUCUAUUUACACUCAAAGGCCACUUUCUGUUUCACGGCAGUAAGGCAGAGUUCAUAUAGACUUUUAGUAAAGUUCAAUAUUACUUUAGAAAUAUAUAUUUGGUUCCAUGUUUCUAAUUACUUGUAAUUUAAGCAUAAUUCAAUUUCAAUUGGGAAAAAAUCUAAAGUGGACAGGAAUGUUAUAAGUUUUGUAAAAACAGAGUUUCAGUAAAAACAGGUUCUAUUGAAGCAUAUUUCUUAAAGUACAUGAAUGUAUACCAUAUAUCUAUGUACACAGAAGUUUGAGUGAUGUCCCUUUCUAUGAAGAGUUCCUUUCUGUAAGACAGAUUCAGGACUAGGUACACAUUACACAUCAUUCUACUCCAUGUAGAUAUUUCAGAAUUCAGUGGCUGGAAAGAAACACCAUAAAACUUUAUCAUUGUAUAGGUACAAUUUAUCGUCACGCACAAACACAAUAUUAUUGCCUUUUUAUCCAAUAAUAUUUCAUUUGAAUCAAUAUUAUUACCAGACAACAAACAUACGUGUAGGAUAUGAUGUUUCAAUACUGUAAUAUAGUAAUAUAUUGUUCUAGCAAUAUAUGUUCAAAUACAAUAUUUUAUUUACGAUAUUUUUUCAAAGCCACUCAUGUACAACUUAUGUGUCUUGUAAUAAGAAAGAUUAUGUCACUAGUGUAAUAGAUCUAUAUUUCAUGUAUAUAAGAAAACACAUCAGUCAUGCAUUAAACAUUAGCUUCAUGACAAAGAAAGAAGAAAGUUGUUAAGAGAGGUUUAAAAAAAAAAGAAAGAUUUUUUUUUUAUUUGAAUAUAUUUCUUUGUAUACUGUUCUUAUUUAAAGGGUCAAACAUCAAAUAAAUGAGACCAGAAGAGAAACAGCCUCAGUCUGAAUUAUCUUUUGACUGACACAGUAUAGCCCAGGGUCUGAAGCUUAGUUGUGGUAUAACAUAAAUGAUGAAUAUGUUUCCAUACACUUAAAUCUUGUCUCAGAAAUUCCCACUUCAUUGUGUAAACAGUUUAUGAUGAUUUGUUUGCAGAGGACAUAUAUGUAAGAUAAACAGAAUUUACCUUUGUCCUAUUUUUGAGUUAUUAUGUUUGAGGGAGAUUACUCUUUAACAAAAAUAGUUAUGUGUAAGGUAUCAUAACUCCUUAAUGUUCAGUGUUCAAUCAGUUAGCAAUAAAACCAAUACUGCUUCCAGUGAAAUAAUCCACUUCAUCAUCGUUUGGCGGAUACUGUUGUAAAGGGAAAUAACUCUUACCUGAAUUAUAGGUACAAUGUGUAUGGUAGCAUACUCCCUUAAGUUUGUUGUUUAAGACGCUGUACCUAUCCUGUGUUAAACAAGUUUUAAUGGUAGCCUUAAUGUUUUCGGCUUUGCAAGUGAUUUUACCUCUGCAGGUACCAUAUUCCAGCACUUUUUGUUCAAAAUGAAACAUUUGAAAUUUUGUCAAUAAUUACAUGCCGAGAUGUUCAACUUUUCCAUGUUGUACUGUGUUAUAAUUGCAUAUAAAAUGGAUGAUAAAAGAUAUCACACGGA